UCUUGUUGUGAGGGCAAAUAACUAUGGCCGCCGAGAUGUUGUUAGGGACUGUCAAUUGUCAUGCAUCAGCUUUUGCAACAUUCUCAAAUGAGUCUUUAAAAUAAAUGAUUGGUUUUAGUUACAAAGAAUUCAUUAUUGUAUGCUUCAUUUAAAUACAAGAGCUGUAUAACUUUCAAAAAACACAAAAAUGAAUACAGAGGCAAUGUUUAAAAAACAGAAUUUAGAAAGCUCAAUACUCUUUAUGCAGCAAGAGCACUCGACCAUGCUGAAAGCUUUGCAUGAAGAAAUCAAUGGACUGCAAAAAAAAUGCUCAGAUUUGACAUUUCAAUUGACAAUGCAGGGAUUAACAGUUAACAAACCUGGGGAUUUUGAAGAUCAUGUCCAAAAGGAAAUAGACACAUCCCAAGAAGAAAUUAGCAAGUUGGAAAAAAAAUUGUCUGAGCAGAUCAGUAAAGUGGAACGUUUGGAAGCAGAAGCCAGAGCCAAACAAAAGAAAAGGCUGGAUGAAAGUCGACAGCAGGCACAGGUUGUCAGUGCACUGCGAGCUGAGCUUGAAGCAAAAUCAAACAACAUUGCGUAUCUCACUACAGAGCUACAUAAACUGAAGCAAAAAGCUAGGACUGAGCACCCUGAAGCUACUGCAUUGGGAACUUCUCAUACAGGGGCACAAGGCCCCCCAACCCAACCCGGUCACCCUCAUGCUGAGGCAUCACAUGCAAUCAAAAAGUCUCACAUUCCUCAACAUUACAUUCCUGUUCCCCCGCCAAAAGAUAAAAAUGUUUUUGGUACAGGUCGUCUGCGCCGUUCUGGUCACGCUAAAGUCAUUCAACAGGGCCAGCUUCUGAACUCAAGCAGAAGCAGUGGCUCAGAGUCUCCAGAUAUCUCUCCCUUCCUUCAGAUAUCAAAAGAUGAGCUGACGAUGGGGCCCAAACAAGCGCCUGUACUCCCUCCAAUCCCAGUUAGCUCAGCUUCCCUGACCAGCAACCACUCAGUGUUGGUGCAUCGUGUGGUCUCAUCAACUUCUCAGUUACAAGCCAAGAAACUUGGCACCAAAGCAGAGGCAGCUAUUGUUACUCUUGCAGUUGAGAAUGCUGCUGGUUCAGAUCCUGCUUGGAAGCUAGCUCACGAAUCUCGGAGUUCGGAAUAUAAUUGAAACAUUUUUUUAUACAUCUAUUACAUAAAUUAAUUUUACAAUGACUUAAUGAUUAUAUCUCAAUUUUUGAACCGUCCAUUCUGUUCUCUUAUUUGAUAAUGUUACUUAUUUCUUUUAAAAGUUUACUUUUUUUAAUAAUCUUUUUAAAAUAGGGCAAUUUUUUUUCUUGAAGUGACAUUUCAAAUAUAUUUAUACGUAGCAUGUUUAUGCCACUGACCAGUUAAACCGAAAUAUUUCCGAUAUUAAAAUGUUCUUUAUUUUGAAAAAUAUAAUUAUUUAUUUUACUUGCUUUCGUAGUAAGGCUAGUUGUGUUUAUUAUACAUGACUUACAUUUUAACAUGUUAAGACAAGAUGUACACAGUGAUUGGUCUUAGUAAUAAGAUAUACGUUUGGAUAUAUCUGAACUUUUCAUACAAUCACCUGGACACAGCACAUAGUUUUGAUUAUUUGCUCUGCAGUGUCUGUGAAGAAUUGUAAGGUUCCACCAACUUGUGUGGAUCACUAUGAACCUUGUAGCUGUCGAGGGAUGUAAUGUUAUUUUAUUUAAGGACUAAGUACAGGCUGCGUUUGUCUAGAGAAUUGAAAUACAGUUUGACUGAUAAGAAUACAGGGUCAUCUCCACUUUCAAUGUUUUGUGUUUCAUUAUCUGUAUGUGCUUUACAUUGAUUUUUAUCAUUGGUGUUUAGUUAUACUAUACUUUGUGUUUGUGAUCAUUUUAUCUUACUUUCUGUGGGUUUUUUUUUAAAUGUGGUUUUAUCAUCUAUGUUUUUUUUACAUUGGAUUUAUUAUCUAUUGUUCUCAUUUCUUUAUUGAUAUAUUUCUCAUUUUACUCUCCAUUGUUAGGACAUUCUUAACCUGUUUUACUUGUACUUUCUUUAAAUUAGCAAAUGAGGUAGUUAUUCUCCAAACCUUUGCUGUAAGAAGUUAAUAUCAGAUACAAACUUUUCCACAGGUUGAUCUAUUGUGGAUUACAUUUUAGUGCCUUCCUCUUUAGCAGAAUGCAGGGUGCAUUUUUCUUUUUUUUUAAUUAAAUCAUUUCCUGAUCCAACAACUUCUCUUAAAGUUUUCUCUAGCCAAUUUUAGUUUCAAAGAAAAUUGUUUUGACCACAUUCACUGAAGUAACUACACUUUUAGGGAAAGAUUAAAAUUAAUAUUGAAAGCUGUCUGGCAAACUUUAAAAUACUGAAUUGCCCUCUGUUUGUGGGCUGUUUUUUUAUUUUUAUUCAUUUUAAAUUGUUGAAAAUUAAACCUUAUAAUGAUCUUGUUAUUAAAUUUGAACAAGUAACUUCAUACUUACAAUUUCUUAGACACAAAUCUUAAAUUAUUGCCUAAUUUUUCAAGGGGAAAAAUAUAUUCUUUCACCAGAUGUUAUAAAAAUUUUAAUAGCCUGUAUAUAUUUUUAAAAUAAUUUACUUUAAAGCUCAUAACCCAUACUGGCAUAUAUAGCCUACAGCUAUUGUUUGUAUUUAUUUAUUUUAACCGUUAGGUAAAUGUAACAGAUAAGUGGAGAAAUUGCUUGGUUUUGUUUUCUCAUUGCCAUCAAUCUGGGCUUUUGUGUGAGUGGACUGUCUUAUAUAUCUACUGCUUCUACUGGAAUGCUCAUUGUCUAAUGUACUCAAGUUUUGUCCCAUUUUUCUUAAAAUUAUUAAUAUUGAUCUAAACUCCUUGCUGUAUUUAUCUAGAGUAUUUAGUUUUAAAUGUUCUUAACAUAUAGUCCCAAGUCCAUAUUGUUUAAUUUAGCCAUAGAAAGAACAAUCUACACACUAUUUAUGUGCUAGACUAUAUUUGAUAUGUAAUUAACAGUAUGAGAUCAAUCAAAUGUAAAGUGUCAGGCAACUUACUAAAAUUCCAGAUUAAUUGUGGGAAAUUGUGUUGUUUUUUUUUUUUAAAUUUAAAAAGUACUAGCAAUUAGUAUGUCCCUGGAAUAUAUUAUAAUAGAGAUGAAAACCCUGAACAUUGUUGUUUUUUUUUUUAUAUAAAAUCAUUGUAAUUAUUUCCCUUUUUUGUCUUGUAUUAUCAUCCAACAAUCCAUGUCUUUGGCUGGCACUGGCACAGCCUAUGUGAAUUUGAUUUUUUAUAGGCUGGUUACAGUUUCUUGAUUUAUUUGUUCAUUCAGCCUGUGUUUGUUGGGUGUGUGUACAGUAUUUAUUAGGUGCAAAUAAGAAUGUAAACACUGCUGAUUUAUUUUUAGUGCUACUGUGAUAUUGAAGAUGUAGCAAAAAUACAAACCUACACUUUUACACUGUUAUAUUUUUCUAUAAGUUGUAUUGAUUUUUAAAUUGAAUUGGAAUCCUUGAGCAUCACUGAAUUAAUUUUCUAACAUGAGAUGGUUUCCCAUGGUGAUCCAGGUUAGUCAUUUCUUAUGUGUUUCCAUUGUAGUAUACUGGCGCAGUUUACCUGAUGCUUUAAUGUCUCUUUUACCUGCGUCAGGCCCUUACACCUUCGUGUUAAAUACAUAUCUAUAUUAUUUUAUUUUUUAACUAAAACACAAGGCACUUUGUAAUGUAUUUAUUCACAUUAUCGUCUAUCAAAAGGACAUUAAUAUUAUAAUAGUUGACUGAAUUUACCCAAAUUAGGUGGGUACAUGACUUACGUUAAAAAAGUAAACAUAGCUCUGUCCACACAAUAUGCUGAGUCAGAAAAAAACACAUGAUUUCUACUUCAUCUGCCCUAUCAACUCAUCUGGUCUUAGAAAGUACUAAAACCAUCUCUGUCUAAUUUUGUGUUUUACUUUUUGUAUUUAGCCCAUUUAGUGAACAUGUAGCAAAGCUUUAAAAUAACAAAGCAAAAGCCUACCACUUUCACUGUUUUGACCUUUGUUUACAAAUAUGCAUACCAUAUUUACCACUGUGAUGUUUGUUAUAGAAAUGUGUAGUUUUUCUAUACAUGUAUGAAAAUACCUGGAAAUGUUUUAGUGAAGCAGUUCAGAGGUGAAUUUAUUGAACUUUGCUGUGAAGACAGAAAAUGAAAAUAAAUGUGCUA